UCUGCAAGUUAAUUUGGAUAUUACGAGUCAAAAAAUGAUGAAGACCACCGAUUUUCCGCAGAGUACAUUUUCUGCAUUGAUCCUCACCGGCGUUGUAUUGGCGGACGUAGCGGGAGUGAUAAUAAACAAAAUUGUAGAUGGAAAUUUACCACAACCAUUGACGCCUGGCGAGAAACUGUCAAUACUGGAUGCUUUGAGAGGGGUACCGUAUGAUCCGAAUACUGUGCUAACGACGCCCCAAAUAAUACGCCGAGCAGGAUAUCCCGCCGAAAGUCACACAGUUCAAACGGAUGAUGGAUAUCUCCUAGAACUUCACCGAAUUCCAAAUGAAUUAGGAUACCCAAUAUUUCUGCAGCACGGAUUGCUCGGCUGUUCUACGGACUGGAUCAUGCAGGGGAAGGGCAGAGCUAUAGCAUAUUUAUUAGCUGAUAAAGGGUAUGAUGUGUGGCUGGGUAACUACAGAGGUAACACAUACUCUGCUGCCCACAUUACUUUACCCCUAGACAAUCCCAAAUUUUGGAACUUCUCUUUCCACGAGCUGGGAAUUUACGAUUUGCCUGCUAUGAUAACUUACGUCACUGAUUACAAGCAAAAGCCAGUGAUUUAUAUUGGUCACUCAAUGGGAACAACGGGGAUGUUUGUCAUGGGAUCAAACCGUCUUGAUAUACAUAAAAGAGUUCGGUUUGUUAUUUGCUACGCACCAGUUGGCCUUACUGCUCAUUGGAAGGGUCCUAUGCGUGCCAUUGCACCUUUGGCUCCGGCCUUCACGGCUCUGGGUGAUACCUUCGGCUACGGUCCAUUCCUCACUCGGGAUGCCAAGGUCAAUACCUUCACGAAAUAUAUAUGUGAUGCAUCCAAACUUGAAGAAUUCGAGUGUGAAAAUAUGGACUUUGCAAUAUUUGGAUCCGAUUACACCCAAUUUGAGGUGAAUUUAAUUCCGACCAUUACUUCUCAUACUCCAGCGGGUACAUCGACGAAAGCUCUAAAUCAUUAUCUACAAAUGUGCAAUUCGAAAAGAUUCGGAUACUAUGAUCACGGACCAGUGAAAAAUCUAGAAUUUUAUAAGACACCAAUUGCCCCUGAUUACAACGUAUCGAAAAAUACUCUGCCGAUUUUCAUGUUCUAUGGUCUCAAUGAUAAGGUGGCCACUGGUGUGGAUGCUAAAAAUUUCUACAAUCUACUGCCCAAUGGAAAAGGGAUAACCCCAGUCAAUUAUCCCUGGUUCACUCAUCUGGACUUCAUCUGGGGAAAAGACUCCAGAUCAUUGCUAUAUGAGCCAACAAUAGAUAUUAUUCAGGAAGUACUCUCGGACGGUCCUGUUUACACCCGAUGAAAAAGUUGUAAAUUGGCUGGUUUAGAAAGGAAACAAUAACAAUUGAGAACUUGAACUCAAUGCGAUAUAAGGAAACGGAGGGAGUCAGGGCAACAAGAACUAUAUCUCUAUAAUUACAAAGGGUUACGAGGAGAAACGGGGGAAGCCAAUUCGAGAGAACGCUAAAUGAUUUCGUACAAUAAAAUGUCA